AUGUCGUACCCUAAGGAAUACACCAUCGGUUGGAUCUGCGCGGUUAGUACGGAGUUCACUGCGGCGCAAGCUUUUCUUGAUGAGAAGCACCAAGCACCAGAUCCUCUAUCGCCUGCUGACAAUAACGACUACGCUUGUGGCAGGGUUUGGAAGCAUAAGGUCGUCAUUGCCGUCUUACCCGAUGGAGAAUACGGUGCAUCUUCGGCAGCAAAUGUCGCGAGAGGCAUGUUGCAUAGCUUUCCUAAUAUUAGGAUCGGCCUGAUGGUAGGCAUCGCCGGCGGUGUACCAAGUUCAAAACACGACAUUCGUCUAGGAGACGUAGUGGUCAGCACUCCUCGCGCUGGGAACAGUGGCAUUUUCCAGUACGACUUUGGCAAAACCAUACAGGGUCAACCCUUUCAAGCCACAGGAGUCCUGAACCAGCCACCAACUCCCCUCCGGGCGGCUCUUAGUGGACUCAAGAGCCAGUAUGAGAGCGAAAGUCAUUAG